AUGGGCGGUACUUCAGCGAUGUUCGCCACACUCUUUACAAAUCCUAUAGAAGUAGUAAAGACACGCCUUCAAUUGCAAGGGGAAUUGGUUUCCAAGGGAAAACACGCAGUUUACUAUAAAAACGUACCUCAUGGACUAUUUGUAAUAGCCAGGAACGAAGGAAUUGUCGCACUACAGAAUGGUUUACCAGCUAUGCUUGGUUUCCAGUUCUGUUUGAAUACAUUUAGAUUAGGAGUUUACCGGAUAUCUGAAAGACGUGGUUUAACCACCACCCCCGAUGGCCGCACAUCAGUAAUUCGUGGCGCAUUGGCGGCCGGUGUCGGUGGAGCGUUGGGUUCGAUUGCUGGAACACCUUUCUUUCUCGUCAAAACACGAUUACAGGCUCAAGCUACUAAAGCCAUAGCGGUCGGCCACCAGCACAAACACAAUGGAACUUUUAGCGCGAUGGCUGAUAUUUAUCGCAAGGAAGGGAUUAAAGGAUUAUUUCGAGGAGUUGGUCCACAAAUACCGCGCGGGACCGUCGGUAGUGGUUCUCAAAUGGUCAGUUUUGCUUUUGCCAAAGAGUGGCUGAGAGAUAAAGGAUAUUUCCAGUCACCGCUACUGUUGUCAUUUAUGGGUGCUAAUUUAGGAGGCAUUGUUAUGACGAUUUGCCUCAACCCGUUUGAUGUUAUGGCUACGAGAUUGUCCAACCAACCGGUUGACAGCAAUAACCGUGGCAAGUUGUACCGAGGUAUGACAGAUUGUUUUAUGAAGAUAUGGAAAACUGAAGGCGCAAGCGCCUUCUACAAGGGAGUCGGGGCGAACUACUUGAGGCUAGGACCUCAUACUGUGCUGUUGUUGGUCUGCUGGGACCAGCUCAAGAUAUUGGAAGACUAUUUGAGAAAAUGAUACUUAAAUUGAAUAAAUGAAAUAAAUAAUUGUUAAUAUCAAA